CCACCUCCCCGAGACGCUCCGAGAGAGCCCGCAACUUUGCCCAGCCCGUGUUAGCCAGCCCGGCCCCCGCGGCGGUCCAGGGCACGGCCCCGCAGACGCGCACCUGCGUGGCAGGGGACCGGGCGUCCCGCCGCCGUCGCCGCUGCCCCCCCUCCCCGCCCUCCCCCGAGGACCCGCCUGUUGCGCGGAGCCCGGGUCUUGGGUCCCUCGGAUAAGCCGAGCGGGGGGUCCGGGACCGGCUCCCGGCGCGCGUGGCCGUGGGUGGUGCCGUGGAGAGGACGAGAUCGGGAAAAGGCGGCACUUGGCCCACGGGGCAUCCCUGGGGCGUUUCCGCGGCCGGGAAACCUGCCUUCUCUUCCUCGAGAGGAGGCGCUUUCCUGGCGAAUAGGGAACCUUUAUCUCCUCCAAACCUCUGCGGCACCUUCUUGGUGACUGUCCUCAUGGUACCCAGUUCUCCUGCAGUUAUCACAGUUAUUAAUUACCUCCCUGCUCUCCCAAGCACCUAUCAGCGCAGAGGGAAAGAGCCUUGCUGUCUGCUUCUCUCUAGCUCCCAGGCUGAUGUCUGCGCUAGAGAUGAUGUGAAUGAACUGCAGAAGCUUAGGAUUCCUGCCCGUGACCGGAGACCGUGGGGAGAAGAUUUCAUCUCACUCCAAUCCAUAGGAGCGAUUUCUCAGCAGCCUCUCCGGGGGGUGUAACAAGAGAACAGCAAUCUUCUCUUCUUGUCGGACAUUGCUAACCUAUGUGCACCACACAUCCCUCCAGAAGAAGGGCGGAGCGUCUUGGAUGACGAUGGACCUUCCACCGGGCAGGAUGAGGGCAGAGUGUGUGACAUUCACACCACAAGGCGUGAACUUCCUGGUCUCCCUUCCCAGCCAGCUCUCUGCUUCCUGUAUCCACCAUGGUGUUUGGUGAAUUUUUCCAUCGCCCUGGACCAGACGAGGAACUUAUCAACUUGAAUGUGGGGGGCUUUAAGCAGUCCGUGGACCAGAGCACCCUCCUGCGGUUCCCGCACACCAGGCUCGGGAAGCUGCUCACCUGCCACUCGGAAGAGGCCAUCCUGGAGCUGUGCGAUGACUACAGCGUGGCCGACAAGGAGUACUACUUUGACCGGAACCCCUCCUUGUUCAGAUACGUGCUGAAUUUUUACUACACGGGCAAGCUGCACGUCAUGGAGGAGCUGUGCGUGUUCUCCUUCUGCCAGGAGAUCGAGUACUGGGGCAUCAACGAGCUCUUCAUCGAUUCCUGCUGCAGCAACCGCUACCAGGAGCGCAAGGAGGAGAGCCACGACCGAGACUGGGAGCAGAAGAGCAACGGCGUGAGUUCCGACUCCUCCUUCGAAGAGUCUUCUCUGUUCGAGAAGGAGCUGGAGAAGUUCGACAAGCAGCGGUUCGGCCGGAUCCGGAAGAAGAUCUGGAUUCUCAUGGAAAACCCCGGGUACUGCCUGUCGGCCAAGCUCAUCGCUGUCUCCUCCUUGAGCGUGGUGCUGGCUUCCAUUGUGGCCAUGUGUGUCCACAGCAUGGCCGAGUUCCAGAAUGAGGACGGGGAGGUGGAGGACCCCGUGCUGGAAGGGGUGGAGAUCGCCUGCAUCACCUGGUUCACCGGCGAGCUGGCCAUCCGCCUGGUGGCCGCGCCCUGUCAGAAGAAAUUCUGGAAAAACCCCCUAAACAUAAUCGACUUCGUGUCCAUCAUUCCCUUCUAUGCCACCCUGGCCGUGGAUACCAAGGAGGAGGAGAGCGAGGACAUCGAGAACAUGGGCAAGGUGGUUCAGAUCCUCCGGCUCAUGAGGAUUUUCCGGAUCCUCAAGCUCGCCCGGCACUCGGUGGGGCUUCGGUCGCUGGGAGCCACGCUGAGACACAGUUACCACGAAGUCGGCCUGCUGCUCCUCUUCCUCUCCGUGGGCAUUUCCAUCUUCUCUGUGCUUAUCUACUCGGUGGAGAAAGAUGAGCUCUCCUCCAGCCUCACCAGCAUCCCCAUCUGCUGGUGGUGGGCCACCAUCAGCAUGACGACUGUGGGCUAUGGAGACACCCACCCAGUCACCUUAGCCGGGAAGCUCAUUGCCAGCACGUGCAUUAUCUGCGGCAUCUUGGUGGUGGCCCUGCCCAUCACCAUUAUCUUCAACAAGUUUUCCAAGUACUACCAGAGGCAAAAGGAUAUGGAUGUGGAACCGUGUAGUGAGGACCCACCAGAGAAGUGUCAUGAGCUACCGUACUUUAACAUCCGGGACAUUUAUGCUCAGCGGAUGCAUGCCUUCAUUACCAGUCUGUCUUCUGUGGGAAUUAUGGUAAGCGAACCCAAUUCCACAGACGCUUCCAGCAUCGAAGACGAGGAUGUUUAUAACACGGCGUCCUUGGAGAAUUGCACCGCAAAAUGAGCAGAAACGUUUGUGCCUGUAUCUCGUGUCUCUUCUUGAUGUUAGGUUAACACAGCUUUAUUAUAAACCUCAAUGGGUUCGUUAAAAUCAUUUAAUUCUCAGGGUGUACCUUUCAGCCAUAGUUGGACAUUCAUUGCUCCAAAAACUGAUAAAUCGCCUUUAUUUUUCUCAAUGAAGUAAAUGAAAUGCCUUGCUCUGAAAUUUAUUUUUUACAAGAGAGUUGUGAAUAUGAUUUUGGGGAAAACAAGCCAAUGAUAUUGGGUGGAAUUUGCUGCUAUAGCUUAUGUGUCAUUCUGUGUUUGUCAUUUACUCACAUUGAGCUAAUUGUAAUUAACUGACAAGUAGAAUCAAAGGCCCAGCUGGUUGAAGACUACAUGCAUGUAGCACUGUAGCACUGUCGUCCCGUUGUUUAUCGAUUUGCUCAAGCAGGCACCAGUAAUGUCUCCAUUGUGAGACUUGUUACUGUUUUUGGCAUAUCAGAUACGCCACGGAUAGCUUGCCAGGCUCUGCCAUGUGGGUGGGAUACUCUCGGUAGCUUGCCAGGCUCUCCAAGAGGGAUGGAGGAAUCGAAUCCGGGUUGGCCGCGUGCAAGGCAACCGCCCUACCCGCUGUGCUAUCGCUCCAGUCCACAUGCAUGUAAGAGCUACAAAAUGAGACUAUGCAUGUAAAUCCAUGUUCAUGUUCUAGACAUGGAAAUUAGGAGCCUAAUAAAAAUUGCCUAAU